UGAAGAUCGAGUACGGUCUGCAAUCGAAAAGAUCAAAAAAGGGCGGGGAUCCGCUACACAGGGUCGAAUCGAUCUGUUUUUCUCAGUCGACAAGACAGUUCGAUCAGAACCAACAGCAGCGAAAAGAAAAGCUCAAGAAGAAAAGAAAGCACCAAAGAAAAAGGGCCCUCCUGCGAAGAGGCCCAAGUAAUUAUAAUCGAUACGGGUUUGUUUGUCGCACCUGAAUUACACGCGACUUUCUUUUUUCAGUUUUUUGAUUUGGUCUUUUGCUCUAGCUGGUUUGCUUUAUGGAUGUCGAACGGGAAAAGAUUCCGUACAUUUUACACUUGUUUUACCAUUUUGUCAAGUUUCGUUGAUCUCGUGGCUGUUUCCAUUUUCCGGUAG